AUGAGUAAAUCGGCCAAGGUAGCCCAAUACGUAGCACGAUUGGAUGAUGCUAGGUGCGAAGGGAAAUGGGAUGAGGUACCAGAACUUGUGCGUAAGGUCCGCAAACAUGCCACCGACAGAUUAUGCCUUACAACAACCGCCGAGACCGAGUAUGCUAUCAUCAAAGCUUCACAGAAGCAAAACCCCGAAUCGAGGCCUCCUACCGCCGUUUCUGCUGCGGAUCUAGAUGUCGCCCAAUUGGUGCCUAGAUUACUUAAUGCGAUCGAAGUCGAGACAACUCAUCUUGAAGAUAAAUUCCAAGCCCAAGUAUGUGUUGGAUGGCUUUAUUGGACCGUCGGGGAGUAUAGUACUGCUGCUUUGAAGUUACCAGAGAAUCCAGAGAGCGAGUUAGCCCAGCUCGAUCAGCCAAGUAACAUCUCCGAAUGGUCGUGGGUAUGUGCCCUCAAGGCUACAUAUUUAAAGGCCGAUUGUCUUGCGCGGAGCGGUGACAGGGUUGCGGCACUGGGCAUCUUCGAAUCAGCAUUAACUUCCCUAUCACAUGUAUGGUUGGAACAGAAAGGACGGAAGCAGUUGCGGUUCUGGACUGAACUCCUCUUAACGGAAUUCUGUAUGCUACAAUCUCAGGCCCUGCAAAAAGGAGAGAAAACCCUCGAAGAUGCCAAUUCACUAGCCCCAUAUCGUUCCUGGGCGAAAUACUGGGAAGUGGCCAAGGCUCAAGGCACCGCUCUUGUCGGUGGCUAUGGUUUCCGUGGUGCCAUACCCAGAAGGAGAGUAUGGAAUGAAUAUUACGCCGCCAUUUCGGCCAUCCUGCAACAAGAUUUGCCAUUCCCAACAGGCUCCGUAGACGUCACCAACGAGGCAUCAGCUAGGAAUCAGCUUCGAACGGAGCUGAAGAAAGUCGAAGUAGCUUACGAAGGUCUCCUUCUAAGUGAAACUUCCUUUCCGCGAGCCGAGGAACAGAGACAAGAAGUGGAAGACUUCGUUGCGGUUGUGAUGAGAAACUGGAGUGUACUUAGCGGGCGUGAUUGGCACGAACAAGACCUCGGGCCUGGCGGCAAGGAAGGCCUUAGUCGGGGGGUAUUGGACAUCCUCUACCGAGCCGCUACCAAAACAUUCCAUUCUACGGCUAUACUGCGGUAUCUGUUCACCGUUCACCUCUCAGUCGCUGAAUUUGAUCUUGCAUUCCAUGCCUUCGAUUCCUACCUAGAUAUCGUCAAAAAGGGGAAAGCCCGUGUCGACAAGACGGGCCAUCCGGAGCCGAGUCUUGAUGAUGACGCGACAGUUCUUGAAACCAUUUCCCAGGCGAUAACAGCUCUCUGCAAAUACGGUUUCAGGGAUGCUGCUGCGAAGGCACAUGAGUUGGGGGUUGAAUUAGAAGGAAUGGUCCAGAAGCUGCCAACACCGCUUCCUAGGGUGCAGGAUAAUAUCACAACACUAGACGAGGAGGAUGGAAAUGGAGUUAUAUUACAUCCAAGAAUAUCGUCUCGAGUGUAUGCCUUGUCAUGGCAAGCUAUCGGUAUUUCACAAGCGCAGUGGGCUAGAACGACGUUUGAUGCAUCUGUACGAACAGAAACUCAAACCAAGGCCAUACGAAGCUUCCAGAAGUCCUUAUCGCCGGAAAGCGGAAAUCCAACAGACGUCAGGACCCUAUUCACUCUCGGUCUAUUACUAGCCGAGCAACGAGAGCUGACGGCAGCUAUUGACAUUGUUAGGGCUGCACUCAUGUCCAGUGGGAAAAUAGGAGAGCAAUCAGCUGGGUCUGGAUCAUACUGGCGAGAGCGCUCGCUGAUACCCUUGUGGCACCUCCUUGCGCUCCUUCUAAGUGCCAGACAAGAUUUUAUCAUGGCUGCCAGGGCUUGUGAGGGGGCCUUUGAACAGUUCAACGACCCGGCAGUCCUAUUUGGCUCUCAAAAUCUUCAAGGUGCGUUCCGAAGCGAACAUCUUAACGAGGUGGAAGCUCGCAAUGAGAAGAACGAGGGAAGGGGACUCGUCGAUGAAAUGGACGAUCUCGAGAAAGAAGGCAUGAUUGAAGUAAAAAUGACACAACUCGCCCUUCUAGAAUUAUUAGAAGGACCAGAAGUCGCAGUAAACGCAAGUCACGAAUUGUUAGUCCUAUACACAAGACUGUUUGGCGAAUUUCAACCAAAGCCGCCGGCUACAACUCAGAAGGCGACAAUGGAAGUCCCCAAAAGUUCAGCUGGCACAAUCAAAAGUAUGCGCGGUAGCAUUUUUGGUAAUAAGGCUGAGAGAACACCUCGUAAUCUCAGAAAUAUCACUCCCGCAGAGAGCGGCACGUCUACCGUCUUACCGGAGAGGCCUCAAACCACCCAGACAUCCGUUAGCACUAUCGCCACCGCCAACGCCAACGCCACCACAGCUCCUGCCAUACACGUCACCAAGGAGAAUGGUGAAGCUGGUGAGGGUCGACGGUCUAGGAGAUCGUCGAGCGCCUGUGGGCGUAGCGAUUCAACGAGGCGAAACAGCCUGAAGAAACGAGAACCGAGCGCCCAGCCGCGACGGGCCUCUAGCCCACCCCGAGCCCCGACUGUCGUAGACGGUGAGGAUUUCUACACACCGAUGCCGGAUGGAGUAACACAAGAGCGAGUAGACUUCUUCGCAUCGAAUAACACAAACGACAUGUCUAGGCAACAGUCGUUUUCCAAAGGUCGUGGACUACUUCGAUUCAAUUCUACGGCUUCUUCAACCAAGGGCUCUGCAAAUGGGGCUGAUAGUUUAGUUCUUGAUUCACUUUCAUCGCCCAAUCCACUACCCAUCGUGCAAUUUCCGAAAGAACAAGUCAAGCGGCAGAGGCAGACUAUACUUGUAAAAGUAUGGUUGAUGAUCGGUGCGUUUUACCGUCGUGCUAAAAUGUAUGGCGAUGCCAAGGGCGCUAUUAGCGAGGCGAGAAUAUUGGUAGACGGUUUAGAAAGUGAGGUCGCCAAGGAUACGAGCGGCUCUAUGGCCCUACGGGAUCCUGGCUGGGGAGGGAAAAGAUCGGUUGAGGAGCUCUGGGGUGAUAUUCAGAGCGAGUUGGGCUAUCUCGCAGUCUCCGAAGGCACCCCUUACGUGGCGAGGGACUACUUUGAGGAAGCUCUAAUGUACUAUCCAGACCACCCUUCAGCAAUUGUUGGUUUGUCCAACAUCCUCCUCGACAUAUACAGCGAAGCGCUUUUGCCGCCUCCUGCUGUCCCUAGCAUUAUCCUACCAGAUGGCCAAGAGACAAAUCUAAUAUCAACUGGCCCUGGUCCUCGGAAGCCUCACACAAUAGUAGAUAUUCCGACGCUUCCAUCAACACCACUAGGGCUCGGAGGUUGUGUGGCUGAUAUCGUAGACUCACCGUCAGAUAAAUCAGCUACCAUUGAAUCAGACGGACCUUCGAUAGAGGAGCUUCCAGCCCCUUACAAAGCUGUUUCCUUGCCUCUUGUCGAUCGACUUGCUGCUCGAGAUAGAGCUUAUGGGCUACUGUCAGGACUCACUAAAUUGGGCACAGGAUGGAAUUACUCCGAUGCAUGGUUUGCCUUGGCUAGGGCACACGAAGACAGCGGACAGCUAGAUAAAGCCAAAGAAGUACUUUGGUGGUGCGUUGAACUCGAGGAAGGGAUGGGUGUCCGCGAGUGGAAUUGUGUUAGCGCCAAUGGCUAUGUGCUGUAG